AUGGCCAUCCUUAACAAAAGCACGAAAAUGACAACGCCUUCAGCAAGUGACACCAUCAGUUCAAACAAUCCUCAAUCAGGCGUAAACGAAGACUUUCCAGACUCGUUUGCGGUCUACGACCUCACAGCUCUGCAACAAGCCGAUGUUCUCGGCACCGCCCGUCACAAAAUUCGUAGUGAAAUCGCUUCUCUCCAAUGGCUGCUAGGAUCCUUCCAGUCCAAGUUCAAUGAGCUCGCUUCAGUUGGAAAACUUCCCUUCGACAUCCUGGCACGCAUAUUCACGAUACUCGCGGAGGACGAUCCACUUGACCGCCACCUCGCCCGAUAUUCCCUCCACGAGGAAAAUCUGAACUUUCGCUGUACUCUUCACUGGAUGGUGGUGACACAUGUGUGCCAUCACUGGAGAGAAGUUGCUAUGAGCAUCCCUUCCUUGUGGAGAAAGCCCGCACUCCAUCUUGGAUCAAAGUGGUUCUUGGAGAUGCUCAAACGUGCUGAGUCCGCGCCCUUGCACCUCGUGUUAGAAGAGAGUUCUCGUAUGGUCGGGAGGCGAACCCCAUUCUCCGUCUCCUCAAAGGUCUCUGAACAGCUGUCUAAGCACCUCGACAGUGUAGAGGUCCUCAUCCUCAUUUCAAAUGUUCGCUACAGUCUAAUAGAAUCACUCCCUCUACAAUCGUGCACUGCGCCUGCACCCAAGCUCAGAACACUCGAAAUCCGUCAUACAGGUACCUCUAGUCCCAUCACACUCCGACCUGACUUUCUCGCGAACCAUUUUCCGCGCCUUCACGAGCUUACUCUCUACUGUGUCGACAAUUCCUGGGCUGCUUUAUCAUUUCAAGACCUGGUUCGACUUACGUUGGAAGAAUGCGACUGGUAUCUUUCGUACGAUCGGAUCCUGGAUGUUCUCAAAGCCAGCCCCCGGCUCGAGUAUUUAAAGCUUCUCCGAAAGGAUUCGGCCACCGCAGUCUCUCUUCCCCCUAGGCAGCGCGUCCGACUCCCCCGCCUCAAAUUGAUCGCCCUAAGAGGGCACGACGUCCAUUGUGCAGCUUUAUUGAGCGCCUUGGAACUACCGAAUACGUCCAGCAUUUCUUUAGACCGGAUCUGCUCAUUGGAAGGGUAUACUCCACUCAUCUCCGAGCUCAACGUCCAUUUGUCCCGAGAUCCACCCUCGCCUCUUCAUCAUCUACUGAUCUCCUGCGAUGCGGACUCUUUUGCGCUUCGUGCGAUCGGUCAUAUUCCUUCCGUGACUCAAGCUAUCGGCGAUUUAGGAGUGUUCGACUCCGACCACUCACCUUUGUUUACAUUCGGGACAGGGCGCGUGUCAGACAGGAAAGACGCCAGAUUGGCCAUCCGUGCUGUAUUCAGUCACAUCCCCGUCUGGCAUACCGUCGAGACUAUCCUGGUUCGCGGUGUAUCCACUCGCGCACUUUGGGAUCAUGGCAUUGCUCAUCUCGUCAACGUAAAGGUUGCCCGCUUCGAAUAUGAUAAAGGCUACAACUUCGCCGAUGAACAUACCAUGGUGUCGUUGGAACACAAUCUCGGGCACUACCUCCCAAGGCUGGAAACUCUCGAGCUGAAGAACGUCGAUCUCCGAUGUAGGAUCUUCAGGGAUGAGCUGUGGAGGCUGGAGGCUGUUGUUCCAACGAUCGAGGAGAUAGACUCUGAGAUUGGGCUCCAGGUUGAUGGGGAAAAGGAGGAGUGCUCAGACUCGGAGAGGGAGGAUAGUUCAUCCAGCGACGAAGACUGA